UUUAAUUUUUCUAAACGCGUAUAAAAAGUAUCCAUGUCUUUGGAAUCCGUAUCAUAUAAAAUAUUACAAUUGCUCAGCCAAAAAUGAAGCACUGAAGAAUAUUCUUAAAGAACUUAACAUACCAGAAUUGAACAUAUCCGAUUGUCUAGAACAGAUUAAAGUAAUCAGGGAAAAAUAUGGACAAGAACAAAUGCGGAUUAUCGAAAGAUUUCAAUCGCAAAAACCAUACAAAUCUUCUCUUACAUGGCUUCCUAUAAUAUCUGAAAUGUUAGCAAAAGUAAUCAUUGAUGAAGACAAGUUACAGAAAGGAAUGAAAACCAUAUCUCCUAAUAUUCUAAAAAAUUGUGUCACGUCAUGCAAAUAUAAAAAUACAAUUAAUUUUCCUUGUGCGCAAGAAACGAAACAAGAUUAUAAAAUAAAACACAGGAAGAACAUUAAACAUACAAAAACUGAUAAAGAAAUAUAUUUAAAAAAAGAUCCUGCCAUAUUAAAUGUCAAAAUUAAGGAAGAAAGAAAUAAUACGGGACUGCUCCAAUGCCCGUCUUGUGGUUGGGAAGAUAUUAACUCUAAAAAACUAAAUGUAACUUCUAAGGAAAUUUGCGAUCAAACUAAUUUAUUGGAUAAUGCAGUUCCUAAAUAUACCGAUUUAGCUGAUAAACCUUACGAAGGAUAUAAUGCAUAUCGAACAGGAAACAAUACAUAUUGUCGAAGAUACAACGAUACAAUUCCAUGUCCAAAUUUUCCGUGUAACUUUCCAAGCUAUACCGACUAUCCUGCGAAUAACAACAAUAUGCUGAUAACAACACAUUCAUAUCAUCCGCAACUCCAAGGCACACACAAUUACAUAAGUCCACUGGCGAAACAAACAGGAAGAAGCAUCGAGCAUCGCGAUGAAGGAAUACAAAAUACAAUUUCCGUAUCAAAAACAAAUGUCACUCUACUAUCUAAAGAUGCGACCAUGUUGCAAAAACCGAAUCAUGCUGUGGCAGAUACUAUACGAAAAUGCCAUAAAAAAGUCCAAACAAAACCUUUCAUAGAAGAAUUAAAGCAGGUAGCAGCAAAUACGGUGAAACGUACUGAUAAAGGAAUUCAGAAUACAAUCUGCGUGUCACGUGAAAACUGCAAUAAUUGUCUAACUUUUGAAAAAUGCUCUUCAACAAUACAAGAAUCGAAACAAGUUGGUAGGAAAACUAUGCAAUGUCCUGAGGAUAUGCAAAAUGUAAUUGAAAUAAAAUUCAAGACUGUCGAAUGCUCUGUGCCGAAUUUUCUAUUAAUCUCCAGCGAUAGAAAUUGUGUUCCUCUAAAACAGACAGAUUUUAAAUUGAAGCGGUCGACAAUUGAUAAAUGUCAAAAUACCGAUUUGUGUCAAGAUCAGAAAGGAGCAGAGAAAGUUUGCGUUAAAGGAACUUCUCGUAAUGCAAUAGAGAUUAUUAAACAUAACUCUAUGCUGACACAAGCUUUACUUCAAUAUUUGGAAAAAAUAAGACCUUUGCAAGAGAAGACGAAAAUGCUUUCUGUUUCAUCGCUCGCAUUAAAAAAGGAUGAUGUGAAUUCUGAUUCUUUUGAAACGACUAUUUGUGAACCACACAAAUUUGCAAAUGAUAGUACACACUUUGCUACUAGUUCUGCUAUUGAAUUAGAAAGUCCAAGUUGUUUAUCGUGUCUGAAAGAAACAGAGAAAGAUAAUGUUAUAGCCAUAUUUAUAAAAACUUUUCUAGAAUUAAUGAAACAUGCUCUUGUUUCAGAUAACAGAAAACAUACCGAGAAUACUCAAGAAAAAUGUGUCAGAAAAGAAAAUGCAAUCGAUACAUUUAUUAUUUUGAACAAAAUAAAAGAAUGUGCGGAUAACAUUUUAAAAAUAUAUGCAGCCGCAAACUGUUCAAAGAAACGGUUAUCAAAUCAGUUUUGUCCCAGAUACAAGUCAAAGAGUGAAGGCUCUCCGAAGACUAGCUUGAAUUUAAACUCGAUUCAGGCUCAAGUCUCAGAAAAUAGUACAGAUCAAUUUACAGCUUUCUAUGAAAAUUCGAAAGACGUAGAAGUGCUAUAUGGACCUCCCAUGGAGAAUCACUCAUCUUUGGAUCUUCCGGAAAAUCGAACCACGUUUGUAGAAGCGGCGGUAGAAAAAAAGCCUUCUGUCAAAGAUAAAGAAAUUACUGCACAUUCAGAGAACCGUGACAUUGAUGUAACUGUGUCAGCAUCACUCCGCAACUCGGGAACUCAGUAUACUCCGAGGCAAUCGCAAGAUGCAGGCGUUGUAACCGAGCACGGGCAGAGCUUUGAGGAAAAGAUAAGUGUCGGCACUCAACAUGAGUCCGUUUUGCUUCGUAUAAUAAAAUGUAACAACAGUGGAGUUUUAUUGUUCGAUAAAGAAACGUGUGUCCGCGAUGCCCACGUUGCGUGCACGAAAAAUCGCACGGCGACGCGUCCCGUCUUGUCGUCGCGUCUGUCAGAAAACCGUCUGUAUCGGAAGUACUUGAUUAGAGAAUGUUAUAACGAAGAACUGCUGCAUCCUGGCAUUUCUCACAUACACGAGAAAGAAAUGAAUUGUAUAGAUUAUCGUAUGCCUUCGUUAAUGAAUAAUUAUAGACACGAUAAAGAAUGGAGAAGUUCAUUACCGUAUAAUCAAGAUUGGAGAAAAGUGAAUAUUCCAAUUUUUGGAUUAUCGUCACAACGUGCUUCCAGAAUUCCGUUGUAUACGAGAGCACACAAAUAUACGCAGAGGAGGAUCGAUCGGUAUAAAAUGUCGCAAUCGUACAUGUAGUACUUUUAAUUUGUGCCACUGUAACAAAAUUAUUAAUUUAAUAU